GGGCUGCGAUAUGAUUCCAGUCAGUCUCGAUUUGGCUCCCUUUUUGAAAGUAAGACAGUGUGCUCGACUGUGUCUACAAACCAAAAAUAUGGGUGACAAGGAUAAACUAAUUCUAGAUGAACCCGUUGAAGAAGGAGUCAAACCUAGAAAGUAUGGAAAAAAACAAAAAGGGUACUCCCAACUUCCUUGGUACUUUGCCGGUGGCAUCGUCCUGUUCUGGGGGCUGCUCUUCAUUGCAGUUGUGAAGCCCCUCUUCUACCGCCUCCCUGAGCCCCUGACCGUCGAGGAUGCCCCAAAGGGUGUCUUCAUCGCCGAACGUGCCCAGGCUAAUCUCUACGACUUCGAAGCCAUCGGUACCAAGGUGGUCGGCAGCGAUGGAAACGAGCACAAGACUGUGCAGUUUCUCCUGAAGGAAUUGAAUCUGAUCAAGGAAAAUGUCCAGACUGAUUACUUUGACAUGGAGAUCGACCUGCAAUAUGCCUACGGUGCGUAUGUGAAAUGGAACCUUGUCAACAUGUACCAGGGCAUCCAGAACAUCGUGGUCAAGCUGACGCCCAAGGGCAGUACCAGCGAAAACUACAUCCUGGUGAACAGUCACUUCGACUCCCAGCCCACCAGUCCCUCCACCGGCGACGAUGGCCACAUGGUGGUCUCCAUCCUGGAAGUGUUGCGAGUGAUGUCCUCGUCCAAGCAAUCGUUCGAGCACCCAAUUAUCUUUCUGAUCAACGGAUCCGAGGAGAAUUCGCUGCAGGCAUCUCACGGAUUUAUUGCCUACCACAAAUGGGCCAAGAACUGCAAAGUUGUCAUCAAUCUGGAUGCAGCUGGCAGCGGAGGUCGCGAACUUAUGUUCCAGUCGGGACCAAACAACCCGUGGCUGGUCAAUAUUUACAAAAAGGGCGCCAAGCAUUACUUCUCCACCACCAUGGCUGAGGAAAUCUUCCAAACUGGUCUCGUUCCCUCUUACACCGAUUUUGAUAUUUUCGUGGAGUACGGAGACCUUGUUGGUCUGGAUAUUGGCCAGUGCAUCAAUGGAUUUGUCUAUCACACCAAGUACGAUCGCAUUGAUGUGAUUCCCCGGGCUGCUCUUCAGAACACAGGAGACAACCUCCUCGGUCUGGUUCGAACCCUGUCCAAUGCCACCGAGUUGCGAAACCCCAGCGCCAACCCGGGAGGAAACACCAUCUUUUUUGACGUCCUGGGCUUGUACCUCAUCAGCUAUCCGGCCGAAACUGGUGUGAAGCUAAACUAUGCCGUGGCUGCAGCCGCCAUUAUCCUGGUCUAUGUGUCCUUGCUGCGCAUUGCUGAUAAGUCAAAUGUCAGCUCCGAGCAGGUCUUGAGCUCCUUCGUCCUGGUGCUGGUUGUCCAAGUGGUGGCCUUUGUUCUGGGUCUGGCCCUGCCUCUUGCAGUGGCUUAUGGAUUGGACAAGUACGGCUUCUCCCUCAGCUAUUAUGCCACUCCAUCGCUCUUGGUCGGCCUGUAUGUGUGCCCGAGUCUCCUUGGACUUGCCCUGCCCAGUUUCAUUUAUCUGAAGCUGAAGAGUAAUGAUAAGGUUCCAUUUGCCCAACAAGUUCAACUGGCUCUCCAUGGACAUGCCGCUGUGCUCUCCAUCCUCUGCAUUGGUAUCAAUUAUUAUGGAUUGCGCACCACCUACGUUAUUACUUGGACCCUCGUGUUCUACGUCAUCCCCUUGGCUUUCAAUCUGCUGACCACCCUGCAUGAUCGCGGCUUUUCGUGGACGGGCAUCCUGAAAAUUGUCCAGGUCGCUCCGUUCCUCUACAACAGCUACCUCUUCUACUGCUUCAUUGUGAUACUCACUCCAAUGAUGGGACGCUUUGGACAGGACACCAAUCCGGACAUAAUCAUUGGUGCCUUGACUGCCUUGGGAACCAUACUGUCCAUGGGUUUUCUGAUUUUACUGGUUAAUAUGUCCCGCCGAUCUGGUUUCGUUCUCUUGACUCUGUUUGCCGUGGCCGCCGCUGCUGUGUCUUUUGCCAGUUCCGAUUUGGGAUUCCCCUAUCUCGCCAAGACCAACGUACAGAGAGUUCCCUACUUGCAAGUGCGUCGGGUGUUCUACGAGUACGAUGGAACCGUCAGCAAGGAUGAGUCCGGAUAUCUGUUCAACUUCCAGGAUCGCCGCGGAGUUGCUCCGCUGCAGGACUCCAAUGUGGAUCUGACCGGCCUGGUCAACAUGACGUCCGAUUGUGCGAAGUACAUGAUGUGCGGCAUGCCCCUUUACGAUCACCGUUGGGUGGAGGCAAUGGAUGCCACCAUGUGGCUGCCGCGACAGAAUCCCGUCUGGACGCCAGCGGAACCGACUCUGGAGCUACUUAACAAGACGGUGCUGGCCGAUGGCCAGACCAUUCGCUUCGAGUUCAAUUUGACCUGCACCGAUCACACCAGCAUCUUCAUCCAGCCCAACGAGGAUGUGACCGUCAGCGAUUGGUCGUUCCUUGAGGAAUACUUAACCACCAACUCGCCUCCGUAUCACAUCUACUUCUCUUUCGGUAUCGACAAUACUCCACUGAACUUCUACAUCGAUUUUAAGAAAACCGAUGGCGACUUCAAUGUCCCACUUUACCAAAUAGGAAUUUCGGCACAGUAUAUGCACGUUGAUGGCGAUGACGAAGCCGUGCAGUUUGCCAAAUCUUUCCCAGACUACGCCGUGACUAUUCAGUGGCCAGCUAUCUAUAAGAAAUAUGUAUAUUAA